CAUUAUUCGCCUUGUUAUCGAUGGAAAUUAACACAGCGACCUUUUGCAGCGGUUUUCGGUAUACUGUGUGCGUAUUGUAAACCUUAUCAUCCGAGUUUUGUGUAUAUUUUAUUAUAUAUCUGUUGAAAAUUUAUUAGAUAAUAGUUGUUUAAUACAUACAAUUUGUAUUUAUUAUUAGACACAGUGCAGUAUUAAACGUCGACCGGUUAUUUAACAGCGAAAUUUAAAUGACCAUUGAGCUGAUAUCAAUCGCCGCGAGUGUAUACUAUCAUCGCAUAGAGACGUUCAUUUUAAAUAUUCAAAUGUAUAAUUAAUAUUGCAUCAACAUAAAAAAAAAAAAAAAAAUGUGAAUGUGUUAACUAUAAUGAAAUUAUUAUUAAAUUACUAUUAACCGAAAGACAUUUUUUUUUUUUUUAUACUAUUAUUAUAAUAAAUCGGUAAUUUUAUCGUUUUAAUAUCGGCGGAGUAUUACCUAUAUUAUGAUACAAUUAUAAUCGGUUUACCUACCGAAAAACACAGAAAAGGCGAUUUAACAACAUUAACAAAUACAUCGUAUACGAAGAAAAAUACUAUAUACACCUACACGUAUCACACCCAGAGAGUAUCUUUAUACUUUCCUUUUUUCUUUUUUUUUUUGUCGAUCUCGUAUCACAAUUUGCCAUCGCAGUAAGUCAACAAUAACCAUUUCGUUUAUAGAAUUACCUACCUAACAAUAUUAUUUAACAUAUAAUUGUAUUAAUAUGAUAUUUUUGUUUAAACCGUCUCAAAAGUUUCGAGUCAAAUAGAACGCUUAUAUUGAAUUGGUCGGGGGAGGAAUAUCGAACAAUGUUAUAUUUAUUAAAACUAAAUUUUUGUAUACACGAAUUCUUGUUUACUGAUUCCGUUUCAGUAUCAUAUUCAUCUAUAAUAACAAUGGGAAUUUAAAAUUUUUUUAAUAUUCAUAUUCUGGAAUUUAUAUUUGUUAGAAUAAAUAUUUGUUUUGCGUUUAUUUUACCCACCCCUAAAAAAAAACUCGAAAAUAGAACAUAACAAGUAGCUACUGCUCCACGACAUAUCAUUGUAAACGAAAGAAAGAUUCUGAGUGGAGUAGUAUUAGUAGUGUAAGUCGUAGUAUAUUGCCCUGUAGCCCAGAAAUUAACAAAAACAAAACCGAUAUAUCCGACAUUUAUUGUUAAUUUUAUUAAAUUUGAUAGAAAGACUGUUGGGAAUUUUAAAUGUUUUUUCUCAUUAAAUACGACAAAAACAUUGUAAUUCAAAUAAAAUAACAACAAAAAACCGUCGAUAAAUAUAUGAAAUAAAGUACCAUGUCAAGCAAAAAUUUUGCAUCUUUUGAUGUAUUGCGUCGAAAAAUUGAAACAUUUGUCUAUCCAAAAAAAACAACAUAAAAAGCAAUUUUUUUUGAAAAAGUAUUGAGAAAUUUGUAAAAAAUUUGAAAUUAAAUACCAUUGGGCAAAAUAUCCGCAUCUUUUAAUGUAUUGCAUGGGGAAAUUGGAUCUUUAUAUAUUAAGUCAAAAAGUGUUUUCCGGGGAGAAAAAACUCAUAUUCUAGCAAAACCAAUACAUUUGUAACUAUGCUCUGAAGUCUAAACCCAAUAUCGUCCUCAUUGUUUUAGUACCCAAGAUCAGACGACAAAUUGACACAGAUUUACAAAAUUAUAUCUUCUAAAGGUUAAAAGUAGACUUAUCGAAUUGUUUAUGGAGUUUUAUGUAUUGAAUUAAACGUGACAAAAAAUGCUUCAUGCGUUGUAUGGAAAUGUAAAAGAACUAAAAAAAAAAAAUACCAUCGAAUAUAGUAUCUUAUUCAAUAAAUAAUACACAUUAUGUUCAGUAAUUAUAGAUUUAUAUUUUUAACAUAGUUUUGAAUUAGUUAGAAUUUUUGUUGUGAACUAUAUAAAAAAUCGGACUAUAACACACCACGCUAAGGCUAAUAAUAAUAUUUUCAAAAUGCCGGUAAGAAUCUACAGAAACUAUUGCUAUAACUAUAUAACUAUCAAAUUUUCGUAGCCAUUUUAUUCUCGCUGACUCUUUUUCUAAGUCUACCAGAAUUCAUUCAAAAUUAUCACGACGAAAAAUGCCAGUUUAAUGAUACAAAUACAUAUAUUACAAAUGGUCGUUUUUGAUUUGACUAUACUUAAAAACGUUUUGAAUAAUAUAAAACUCCUACGUCACGUAAUUAUAAGUGAAAUUUCAGGAGAGGGGGGGGGGCGUUAAAAUAAAAAAAUAUUUUCAAAAUGUAUGCUAAAUGAAUAUGGAUUAAAUUCGAUUUAUUAAAGUUAUUAGUUUAUAUUGUUAUUCCAGGAGAGUGUUCCGUUUUGCUCGUUGUUUAUUAAAAUGUUAAUUAAAAAAAAAAAAAAAAUCAUCGUACUUAAUAUGCGGUACCUUCUACCUAUAGUUGCUAAUAUUGCAAUUAAAAAAAAAAAAAAUCAUCGUACUUAAUAUGCGGUACCUUCUACCUAUAUAAUGAUAGUAAAAUUGUUUUGUUUUUUAUUGAAUAAUGUUAUGUAUAUUAUUUGUUUUACAUAUUCUAUAGACGGGAAAUAUAAAUUGGAAAUAUUUUACGAAAACACGUAAUGCAGAAGGUGUGGUACAGUUAUAUGAAAAUGAUAAUAACUAUUUUCGGUAUCGCGACCCGGUCGCACAUUAACGUACCGCACACGAAAUAGAAGCUUACCCCCACGUGGUUUUGCAUAACAAAUCCGAGUUCGUUUUCGAUUAAUUUCCUCCGUUCCAUUGCCCCUUCGCUCCCCGCCCGCAUCCAUUCCAAUGCGUAGAACGUCCUAUCGGUAAAAAUAUAUAAGACGCGCAGCGGAUAUAUAGGGCGUUUUUUUUUUUUUUUUUUCAAAUAUAUUCGAACGGGAGUAUAAAAGCGAUUCGGCAUGGUCAGAUAGUGUAAAAUAUUAUCAUAUAUAUAUUCCACGUUAUAAUAUUUGUAUAUCGUGUAGGAUUUUUUUUUUUUUUUUUUUUUUUUUAAUAAUAUAAUUAGUAUUUUUACGUUUUCGCCGUUUUACUGCCAAACCGUUCUAUAUGCAAACACGUAUAGCGCCUCGUUCUCCGAGUGCGCCGUUUUGAUUAAUAAUUAGACACGGCCGUAUAAUAUAGGCAUAGCAAUUAUUAUUAGAGUUUUUUUUUUUAAUUUCAGUAUAUACUAGUUACCGGUGUUUAACGCGAAAUCCAAAUGAAAGAAGACUCGGUGGACUUUGGAUACGGGAUAAAAUCCACAUUAGCACAAGUAACGCAUCAUAAAUUAUUAUCAAUAUUAAAAUUAAGAUGUUUAUUUUAUUAAUUUAUGUAUAUAUAUGUAUAGAACAUAUAGAUAAAAAUACAUAAAUGUGUAUGCAGCGUGGAAACGUUAAUGUUGAAAAUAUCACUUAACAUCGAUCCUUGCACACAGACAUAAAAUUUUGAUUAAUUUUUUUUACGGUUAGUUGUUAUACUCAGUAUCUAUAUACCUACUCGACAUUUUCGACGUUUGAUUAGACGUAUGCGCUCACUCAAUAAAAAUUUCUUUUCUUAAAUAACACACCUUAUUUGUAACCAGUAGAUAUUUUUUUCGUAUUUUUUUUUUCACGAAUUUUAGUGGUCAAACCACUUUUCCGAGUCCAAAAUUAACCGGUAAUUUUAAUUUAUUCGGCAUUCAACAUGUUUGAUGUGUCAAUUUCAUAUAUUAUUUUUGACAAUAUUUACUAAAACUGCAAUUGAAACGUGAAUAACUCGGGUUUCAUUAUUCUAUAUUUUUAUUCGUAUUUUACUGGACAUUCAAACAUACUAUACUACUUUACUAAUGACACAGAAAUAUCGCUAAUAUUUUACUUAGAAUUGUGCUUUGAUCACUAAAAAUCAUGAAAAAAUAUCUAAUAAUUAAAUAGGAAGGAUUCUAUUGAAGAAAGUUACAUUGUGCAUCUAAUCAACAAAAAAAUAAUGCCGAGUGUGUAAAAAUGUAUAUUACUACUAGGUAUUAAGUAGUACUAAGUAUAACAACUAACUAAAAAAUCAAAAUUUAAAUUGCAUAGCUCUAUAGGUAUAUGUAUAUAUACAUAGAUGAUUCGAUGCGAGAUUUAAGUACUAGUGCUGAAUAGGAAUUUGAUAAAUCUGAAAUUGGUCAAUGCAAUCCAAAUUAAACAGAUUGUUUAACAUUUGUUUAAUCCGGGCAAAUUCGGAUUGAUUCGGAUAAGUAAUCAGAAUCAGUAAAUAUAAUCGGUAUAUCUUACAAUGUCUUUCCGUACUUUCGGACGAAACAAUGAUGUAAUCCAGCAUAAAAAAAAAAAUUAAAUAAAAAUCGAAAUUCAAAAUUGUAUAACACAAAUUAACCAAUUCAUUUUUUAUUUGCCACCCCUCCACCCUUAUUUGCAUAAUACAGUGAAUAGCAAGCGUUCGACGCUCGUUUCGUUAAUUUCGGCGGCGUAAAAUAGAUCAAAUAUUCACUUCGAAUAUUAUUUCCAUUGUUAAAACAACAAUAUUAUUCCAAAAGGAACCGACAAAUUCUAAACUCGAAGAACGGCCAACCGAUAGUUCUAUCGUUAUCGUCUCGAUAAAAUUCGGCGUUUGUUUCUGCAGUUUCGCAGCGUAUACCUCUUGAUCAUAUUCCGGUUUCCAGUAUAUUAUACUCUCCAUGAAUUUUCACCGCCAACGCUAAAUACCUGUCACGUCUUUCUACACAUACAGUAGUUCUGGAAUUCACAUAAUCUAUAGAUGUAUAUAGAAAUUUAAAAAAAAAAAAAAAAUCUAUUUUCAUACUUAUUACCUAUACUCAUACGCGUAGUAUACGGCCGGAAUGUUAAUUAUAAAUUCCUUUUUCUUCAGUGUUUGUUGCUGACGACGACGUAUUUCCUGAACGUCCAGCAAGGGAUAGACAUGAUGAUGCCGACUGUCAUCAUCGGGGCCAUGAACAAGAGCCGGUACGCCAAUAUCACGGACGGGAUAGAUGUCAAUGUCGACGACACCAUACCCAGCAUAACUGACGAACAGUUAUCGUGGAUCGGUGAGUCAUUUAUUACAAUAUAAUAAGCUAUUCGAGAUACUCGACAAAAAUUAUUAAAAAUAUGCUACAUUUGAUAAAUCGAAAGAGCGAGAUUUCUUUUCAAAAACUUGUUUGUAGGCAGAAAAAAUAAAAAAGAGCUGUACUAGUGGCAGAUGCGGCCACUAUUGUAGGUGGGAAGGUGGAAUGCAUAAAGUUCUUUAACCUGUAGGCUGUAACUAACGAUAAACCAUUGUAGGAUGAAAAGCAAUUCAGAGUGAAGUUCAAAUUUUGAUUUAAAUUUGAUUUAAAACUUAAAUAUAUAUAUAAAAAAAAUACUACACUGAACUUAAUGAUCAUUUUAUAAACCAUUAUAUUAUAACCAAUCAUUUUAUUUUAUUUUAAUUAGUGAAUUAUGGUUUAUAAUGAACCUUCUGUCAAAUUUCCAAGCACUUCUAUUUAGUUUAACAAUUUUAUCCUCAGAGUGAUUAAUUAACUUACCAAAUAAAAAAAACUCGCAAAAUUAAAAUAUCUUUAAAUAGCUCAAAAAUUGCUUAAAUGUUUUAAAAUUUUUAUUACGUCUAAAAAAAAAAAAAAAACAUACGUUUUCUGUCAUAAUUUUAAGCCACUAUGAAUAAUUCUGAAUGAAUUAAAUUUAAAAAAAAAAACAAAAUUUAAAAUUAUAAAAGAUUUAUUUUCGUAAAUUGUCCCGUUCUUUCUACUUAUUUUUCGGUUUUGCUUAAUAAUUAAAAAAACUACAAAGAUAAUCAAAAAAAGACUUUCUUGAUCACCAACUUAAUCACCAAAUUGAAAAUUUAACAAAAAAAAAAUUAUAAUUAUUUAUAUAUAAUAUUAUACAUUUAUAAUUUUCUUUCGGUUUUUCUCAAUUAUUUCGGAAACCCCUAGGAAAAUCAAAAAAGUUCUAUUUAAUUUCUUUUAAGAAAAGGUGUUUCACUUAUUACUGUGGACCAAGUUUUCUUGUCAAAAAGUUGUUUACAGAGAAAGAAAAAUGAAAAAAAAAUGCACAUUACAGUGUCUUUUUCUCGAUAAUGCCACCGUUCUCCCCUCUACUGUGCAUUACGCCCUCGUAUCAACUCGGAUUUCUCGAGCCAAAACAAAAUUUAAUACGACAAAAUGAGAAUUACAAGCGACGGUGAAUAUAUCAAUAAAAUAUAUUAUUACACUCGAAGUGACAUUUCUCUUUCGAUAUUCCAAUAUCGGUGUUGUGUAUGUAUCGAAAUCAUUUACAACUAAGGGCUCCAUGUACAGGAGCUGGAGCUGCAUCCCUUCAUGAGGUCGGUAAGACGGAGCUCAGCCCCCAAAAUUCUAAUAUUAUAUUAAAAAUCAAUAUUUGUCAUGUUCAUCUUCAAAAUCCUAAUUUUGUUUAUAACAAAUUAAUUAAGAAAGAUAAAAUUUUUUUUUUUUUUGGGGAGGGGGGUUUUGUAUGUAUUAAUAAAAUAUUGAGUCCCCCAUGACAUUUUCAAAACUUGGCACCAGUGGCUACCAGGUUGACUAACCGCUUCAAUGAGGGUUGACCGCUUGAAAAUUGAUAAUUAAUCAGUUGUUUUAUCACAAGUUGGAAAAAUAAAGUAGUUGUAUUCUUAGUUCUGGCUGAUAAUAAACAUAAAACAUACACGAAAAAAAGAAAAAAAAAAACUUUAAUAUUUAGGUAACUACAAAAAUGUUGGGCAGUAAAACACAGUUUUUAAACUAGUAGAGUAUUAAAAAAGCCAAAAAAUUGUAUAAAUUAUGGGUUGCAUAACUUAACUUUUUUUUUCUUUAAAUUAAAAAUCGAAAAAUAUUCUAUCUUUUUUCUACCACAGUGAAUAAUUAAAAAGGUUUUUUUUUUAGUGUACUAAACCAUGAGAUACGUUUUAUACGAAAACAACGACGAAAAACCUAAGUAUACAAAAUAUUAUUACAUUGAUAAUGAAGAGAAAUAAGUGAAAACAAAAUUAUCUACAUCCCUAAUUGUUUUUCACUAAUUAAAGGUGAUAUUAUUAUUAUCUACAACAUCCGUGGGCUAACUUAACGAUGCGUUAACUGUUGGAUAGAUAUUAUCUAAGAUUGCGUUGGCGUGUGGCAGCUCGCGUAUGCACAAAAACACCAACCACCAAAGUUGUAAUAACAACAAAACCAUUGUUUAUGACGAUUGUCACCACAGUUGGACAAAAAUAAUAAUCUUAUAAACCUAAUAAUAUCUUAUUCCGUGAUAAUAUAAUAAGGUCACUAAUAGAUAGUGGUGAUAAAUUAAAUAAUUUACUUCAGAAAAUAGUGUAUUUUAUGAAAAAAAGUCCUUAUUUACUAAUUAUUAUUACAGUUAAAACUUGAAAAAUAUAAAAAAAAUAUGUGUGUAUUAUAAAUUAUAUAUAUUUAUCUAUGGCUUAGUGCGAAAAGGGUAAAUGUCACAUUUUGUAAUUGUUGGAAAACGGGCUUUGAAAUUUUAUUCCCCCAUAAGGCUCUGUGUAUUUUAUUAAAAUUAAACGUUUGUGGAAUUUUCAAUUUUCACAAAAAUUUAAACUAAUUUUAUUUAGAAAAUGAUUAAUUGUACAUAUAUAUUUAUGUAUAUAUAAGCGAUCAAUGGGGGGGGGACUUCAGUCCCUUAGCUCUUUCCCCCCCUGCGUACGCCACUGCCUGGCGCCUCUGUUUACAACGGUCGUUAUAGUUUAAGUAUUUUUAGCGGAAUCCUUGUAAACUUUCGCGAUUGAAGUGUGCCACUAACUUUUUGUAUACUAGAUAAACAUUAUGUUUGAAUAACCGCGACAAAGUUUUCAACGUUCUUAUACACGUCCGGAUUAAGGAUGAUAUUACAAGAACCGGGCGAAGAACCAAAAUCCGUCGAUAUUCCUGCAGCUUAAAGCAGAAUAUACAACAUUUUGCAAUAUAUUUGAAAAUUAUGUUAAACAGUUUAUAAUAAUGUCUAUUCUGAGCUACAACUGCGCGAUUUGAAAUCAUUUCGACGGUUUUUUUUUUCCGCUUCGAUUAAACGUCAUCGUCGGGAACACGAUUGUUAUGUCAUUUCCAAUUGAACGAUUUCUAUAAUUUCGAAAUCAUUUAUUGACGUCUUGUUUAAGGUUUUUAAUUAAUUGGUGCAUGCCCACAGAUUCCGCGUACCAAUUUAUUUAUUCAAGUUAUCGUAUAUCGUCGUGACGUCGCUACUAUUUACAUAUUUCGUAUACUACAAUAUCGUAUCAAAAUGUGAUAACUUUCAACUGAUAGCGUACAUUAACUGGUGAAAUUCGACCAAACUGUUUCAUUGGUACAAUUAUAUCAAAAUAAUAGUGUAAUAGCAGUAAUAUUGUACAAAUUACGUAUUUAAUCGUCGUAUUAAAACAUGUUAUAACUAGAGGUAGAGAGUAGUACGUGCGACUCACCAGUCACCACCAUAUUAAUACACUUUGUUCAGUGCUCAUUUCAGAGGAGGGGGGAAAGUAAGAAUGGAGGUCUGAAAUAAACACUAAUUAUAUUAGGUACGUCCUGCAAUUUGAUUGGCGAUUAAAGAAUAUUGUAAAUAUAAUUAUUGUUUCAAACUAAAAUAUUAUAAUAUUAUGCGUUUAUGAACAGUAACUCAAAUAAAUAACUAGACACCUGGACAACCUGGUACAUGGGAAAAUCUGAAAAUUUGUUUAAAGCUACAAAGGUAUACAAUACUUCUUAAUCUCCCCGAAUCUCUUUGUAAUUUUUACGUAGCAAUUGUUGAUAAUAAUAAAAUAUUAUAAAAUGAGAAAAAAAAAAUUAUUUACACAAAUAAUUUCUAUUGCUCGUUCUCCGGGCGGCCACUUGUUUUUUGAAAGGCCUCCAGUAUGAUAUCGGGGUUUCAAAGGCUCACUUGGCGAACAUUCCCGAAACUUCUCACACCGCUGGUUAUAAACUUUAGAUAUACUUAAAACAGUAAUAAAAGAGUUAGGUAGAUAAAAUUUAUAUGCAAUUCGGUCCGGUUUUCCAAUUAAACAAUUAUAAUUUAUUUAGAAAAACAAAAGUUUAUCUAGUUGGUACAAACAAAUGAGUAAAAAACAUAAAAAAGUACAUUUCAAACAAGUAACAAAUAUACAAAUAACUAUUACGCCUCAUGACCGUUGUACACAAUCGUUAUUAUAAUUAAAUUGAUAGCAAAAAAAAAAAGUCUCAUGAAUGUAACAGAUAAAACAUGGUCGAGAAUUCUCAAUAUUAUACUUAUUUUCAUUAACUUUGUUCUAUUAUUAACCGACCCUCGAUCACGAAAAAUCACGAUAACAACUACACGAUAUCACGGUGGCCUCACGUUUUUAUAACGCUCCCAAUAAUAUUAUAUCACGGUUAUAGAUCAUUUAGAUUAAUCUCGGUAUCGAUUUUUGGACUAGUUCGUAGAAUACACAUAUUAUAUUUUAUAUAUUCGUAGUUAUUGUACCAUAAUGUGCGGUUUCGAGUAUAAUGUACGAAUGAUUUUCAAACCUAAGUCGUCUAAGAUAUUUGUUUUUUUCAUAAAUUAUAAUCUUUACCAUAUUAUUAUACAUGAUAACCCGAAUAGUUUCCAUGAACUAGCAUAUUAUAAUACCUACUUAUUGCGAAUGUUUUAAAAUAAUUCGUGAAAAAUACAUAUAUAUGAACGAAAAAAAAAAGAGCUUAUACUGGGGACGGAUGUGUCACUGUAGUAGGUAGGAAGUUAGAGAAGCAGAAUACAUAAAGUUAUUUAAUAUAUACAUUGUUAGUAACGAUAAACCAUUGCUAACGAUAAACGACUGGGAACCAAGUUCAACUAAACAUGUUUUAAAAGGCCGGAAUAUUUACGAUUUUCUUCAAAAUUGUACACGAAAACUCUAAAAAAAAAAAAAACACAAUGUAUACAUUACACUUAUUUUAGAUUCCGAGUGUAGCGAAAAAUGUAUUGGUUUUACAAAGAUGUUUAUUUUUUUUUUUUUAUAUACUGUUUACGAAAAUUCUACUAGAAAUCUUACUCCGAUAUAUAUAUAUUGUAGACCAUUUUCUAAAAAGAAAUUUCCUUGGGGUGAUACUUUAAGAAGGUCAUUUUUCGAUUUUCUCAAGAGUUUUCUCAUAAAAUAUGUAAAACCGAAAAAAACGGUAAAAUUUACGAAAUAUAUUAGUAAAAUAUUACGAUUUUCGUAAGCAAUGGUUUAUCGUUGCUUACAGAUAUACAUUAAAUUCCCUUCUGUAUCCUAUCUUCCUUAAUUAGAAAGGAAAUUAGCAUUAUUUUUUUAUAUUUCAAUCGAUUCUAAAUUUUAACUUUAAAAAUAUCUAAAUUUAUACGAAGAUGAUUUUAUACACAGGCAGUCUGGUGUAUUUGACUCCGCCGCUAGGCAGCUUGUUCCUGUCGCUAGUCCAGUCGAAUAUGGGCCACAGAGUAUGCAUGGCAUUAACUAAUCUCAUCCAGUUCAUGUCGGUGGUGGUUGUCGUUAUGUUUCCAGUCACGGUAAACGCUCUGUACGUGUGUUCUAUGUUGAUGGGCCUGAGCACGGGGUUCGCUACAGGCCUUUGCAUAUCGUACAGUGGCGAAGUAUGCGAUCCCAAAGUGCGGAGUUCGCUUACUUCCGCCCUAAAUGUGUUCUAUUUCGGUGGCUACUUUUUCAUCACCACCCUGUACGCUAUUACCACACAGUGGAAGAAAACGCUGUUGAUCACUGUCGCCGUGCCCCUCAUCAACUUUGUGGCACUCUCUCUGGUAAGUAACUGUUAAGUUAAGUUCGUAUCAUUUCACCAUAUAUUUAUUUUUGUAUUCGCAGACUCCAGACUCACCUAUGUGGUUGCUGUCCAAAGGUAAAACGGACAAAGCGCGAAAAACCCUGUGUAAACUCCGGGGGUGGGAAACUGAAGAGAAAUGCGCCAAAGAGUUUGAAGAGAUGGUUGAGUACGUGUCUUCGUCAACCACAACGGGUAAUUUUUGUCUUUAAAAAUAUAGUUGCCGUGUUAUUUAAAUAUUGUCAUGUAUUGUUAACGUUUAUAACUAUAGAAGAACCAAAAAAGAAGACGAACAGCUGGAUCAGCUUUUCGCACCCGGGACUGUGGAAACCGCUCAAGUUCAUGAUGAUUUACAUAUUCUUCUCAAACAUCAUGUCCGGCGUACCGUUCACGCCGUAUCUGGUGGACAUAUUCCGAACAUAUUCCAGCACGGUAGACGCCGAGUGGGCCACGGUAAUAACCACAACAAUAAACGAAAAAAAAGAGCUGAUAUUGGGGGCGGGUGUGGACACUGUUGUAGGUGGAUAGUUGGGAAGGAUAAUAGUAAGGUCUUACACAAGAGUAGCUGGUAAACAAUUGCAUACGUAUUUUUUCUCCUACAAAUGGGGUGCGUUAAUUCCUACACGAAUAUAAAAAAAUGCAUAUGUAAGUUCCUAGAUGGUAAAAAUAAGAUGCGUAUGUUAGUUCCUACACGGCGGAAAAUAUUAUACAUGUACAUUCCUACAGAGUAAAAAAAAAGUUCAAAUGUUAUAAGUGUAUACUUAUGCUAUAUCAUGGAUUAUAGGCGUUUAUAUUUAUUACUAAACUAUUAUUUCAUAUAUCAAAUGCACUCAAAUUGAUUAUAAUGUCUAAAAAAUAUAAUAAAAAUGGCAUAAUACCUAAUACAUUAAUUCAUAAAUAGAUGAUUAUUCGUGUUGCUUUGAAUUUUUUUAUUUCAUUAAGCAAACGCAGAUGUUAGAGGUUGAUCACCACCAUCUAAGUGUUAUUGGACAGAGCCGUGGGAACGAAACAUCCCCUCUUCACCAGUUUACCAUUCCACAACUAUAUGCAUUAAGUCAUGGUGCAAAUUUAUAUUCUAUGAGUAUCAAAAAUUAAUAAAAUUGACACUUCAUAUAUUUUAACAAUUACUUAUAGCUUUUUUAUUUCGGUAUCACUAAGUACGACUUAUAAUGAACCUCCAGUCAAAUUUUCAAGCAUUUAUGUUUAUUCUAACAAUUUCACUGUCAAAGUAAUCAAAGUUGGUAUCGCCACGGAUUACUCUUUAAAUGUUGUGAAAAAUCCAAGUAUUCGAAAAUAUUGGCUUUAACUAUACUUAAAAAUUCCAAAAAUCGAAAUUUGAAUACAUGCAUAGUUUAAUCAAAAAAUGAGGUGAACACGUUUAGUAAAUUACUCUGUAUGUGUCGUAUUAUGGUAAAGUAAUUAAAUAAGCAUUAUUUAUUUUCUUUAAUAAUAUUCGUUUAAUAUUGUACCGAUUUCCUCGGUUUUUCACAUUUGCUGGAAAACUCUUGGGAAAAUCGAAAAAUAACCUCUUUAAAGUACUUCGCUAAAAUAAAUAAAUAUUUUUGUAAAAUCAUAAGCUUCUUCGCUCCACUCUGAAUCUAAAAUUCAACGAAAACAAUCUCUUGUCGUUUUUCUAUUUGAGCAAUAUUUAUGGUAGUAGUAUUUUUUUUUUUUUUGACUUUUGAGUAUAUACACUUUGUCAAAAUAUUUUUAAAUAACACUUUUUAUUCUCGGAUUUUUAUUGUACGACUUAUUGACGCCAAACUCGUUAAUCGUUCUCGACUUGUUCAACGGUUUUUCAUUUACGAUUUUCGAAAACGAACGCAUGUGACGACACUUGUUCGCACGCUCGCGGUUACUGACUUUAGGUUUCUAACUAGUUAGGUUCAAUUUGUUUUAUACCAUAAUAUGUUAAUAUUGUAAACCUAAUCGUUUAAUUAUUAUCAUUACGCAGUCGGCGUACAUGGCGUUCAGUAUGAUCGGCAACAUAUUUACGGUAUUACUGGUACAACGGCUGGGCAAACGAUGUCUGGUGCAAUUGACCAUCGCCAUCUGUUCGCUGUGCUACCUGUGUAUCGGAUCCAUGGACUUUUUUGUCGUCAACAACGAAUACACGUCGUGUGCGAUUUUGUCACUGUUCUUCCUGUCAGCUUUCUCGUCGUCGCUGGGCAUCAUGCCCAUCGGCUGGGUACUCAUGAGCGAAGUGUUCCCGAUGAAGUACGUAUAAUAUUUCAUGUCAAAUCAGUAAUAAUCACCGUUCUCUUAACCGGCCAUUUUUGUAUUUUCGGCUGUAGGAGUAAAAACAUGGGCUGUAGCAUCGGUUCCGGCGUGUACUUUUUCAUGAGCUUCUUUAUGACGAAAUUCUACUUGGACCUCAGGUAUUGGAUCGGAUUCAAUUAUACGUUUGUGUUGUUCGGCGCUUUGGGUUUCAGUAGCCUCGUUUACUUUUACUUUUUCCUGCCAGACACCGACAACAAAACCCUCAAGGAAAUCAACGAACAAAUCCAACUAAAAAAAUUGAAAAAAAUUAAAACGGUGACGUAGUAUACGCACGCGUUAGGGGAAGAAUGGAAAUGGGUGACGGGCCUAUAUCCUCUCUCUAUUGCCGGAAUGAUUAUCGUCAUAGCUUAUAAGAAUAUUAUAAUAUUAUGUAUAAUGUGAGUAGGUACCUAUAUACCUAUAUGAGUGUGUAAUAAUAAUUAUAUUCCCGCGGCCAAAACGGCGCGGCGGCAGACUAUAACCGCGAGUACCUAUCUAGCAUAAAAAGCAAAAAAAAAAUGUAUACUUUACACUUUUUUCGUUCGAUACGAAACACGUUAUUAUAAUCUUAUUAUUUAAUGUUUAAGCGUUGGAUGUAUUAUAAAAAUGAUUAGCUGCCGCUUUUUAAUAAUAUGUAUAGACUGACUUUCAUACACAGACAAAUUAUUAUGAAUACGUGAAACAAUGUCCCCACAAUAAAUUAUUGUUCAACACCAGUUGAUACGUUUCAAUUUUCUUUCAUUGUUUUUAAGAUUCCGAGAGAGGCAAUGUCUAAUGAUUGUAUUGGUUUUACUGAUGUAUUUCGUUUUUUUCAAAAUUUUCCCGAAAAUAGAGACUAUUGUAUUAUAUUAUGUUUGUUUUAUGUUCAUACAUAAUAUAAUAGGUAUAAAUCUUUUUACCAAUACAUUUAGAAAUUUUAGGCUUCAUACGUCCCUAGAGACCAUCCAAAUGAAGCCAAAGAGAUGACAUUUUAUAUACGCAUAGUGUGAGUAUCAAAGAUAUUCGUUAUUUAACUCUACAAUAUAGUUUGUAAGGAUAUUUGAAUUUAAAUUAUUUUUAUUUGACCAGUAUUUCCUGUGAACGCAUAAAACCAAAGCAUAAAAAUGAUUGGGAAAAGGGUUGAAAUUUAAAACCACUAAAGGCACAUCCUUGAUAGUUACAUUAUGUAUUUACAAAAUUUCAUCCAUUUGGCUUCACUUAGGUGGUCUAUAAGAAUGUAAAAAGCUAAAAAAAACACAUUCCCCUAAUAACAUGGUAUUUCUAAAUUAUCAUAUCUAAAUUCAACUAAAAUUUGAUCUCUUCAAUUCACCCAUGAUAAAACUGAGAUUCCUAAUUUUAAGCUUAUUUGUCCAAAAAGAGCCAUUAAAACUGUCUGUAAAAAAGUACUGGGAAAAAAAAUCUACUUAUCCGUAUGAAAACCGGGAUGUUAUUCAGGGAACUGCGUUACGCGAUAACAUAGGUUUCAUACGGAUUAGUAGAAUAAAAAAAAAAAAAAUUAAUUUAAAAAUAAAUAUUUGUAGUCCUCGUCCCUGUAAGUAAUAUAAAAACUCAAGAAAUUGAUUAUCUUUAUUAUCUCCGGAGAUAUUCAAGGGGUAUAUCUUCGUGGGAUAUACUGUGUAUAUAUGUAUAGGUAUGUUACUCCUA